AUGACGAAACUCAUCCUUUCCACCGGAAAUAUUGUCUCCGGCGGCCCCUCCAUUAUCCGUAAACCGGGUGCCUAUAGAUCGAACCUCGAACUUACCAACUCGUUGCGAAGCAACUUCCUUGCUGCCCAGCAGGACUACUCGCCCGUCGAGGAGUCCUCGCCUAUUGACGACGAGCCCGUUAACGGGAAUGGCGCCCUGAACGGACACUCGAAUGGCUUUUCCCGUAAUUCUUCAGGCCGGCCUCGCAUCGACGUGUGGACUGCCCGUGAAAACGACGCCCUAUACAUCCCGCGCAUAGAUUGGUCCUACUCUGGCCUGCAAGAAGAGCCCGAUAACUACGAUAUUACCGUCAAGCUGUUUUUUCUGCCCAACGCCCCUGCACACGACCGUGCCCAGUAUGUGCAGGAUGCUCUGAGCCUCGUGCGAAAGGAGCUGGGCGUCACGACGAUAGAUCUGCUUAUCGCGUCCUUCCCCGGUAUGUCCUUCGAGGGCGACUGCGAAUGGGAGGCCGACAAGCGCAACGCCUCCCAAGGCAACAUCGAAGAGGAGGUCGCGACGUGGACGGUGCUGGAGAAUUUGUACAACCGGGGCGAGGUCAAGGCCCUCGGCAUUUCCGAGUUUGGCACGGAGAAGCUGGCUAAGUUUAUCAAAAAGGUCAGCGUCCGCCCGGCCGUCGACCAGAUCAACAUCAAGGACUGCUGCAGCGUGCCGCCCACGCUGGUCACGCUGGCCAAGACGGAGGGUGUCGAGCUGCUCGUUCACACCGACUGUACCGAUAUCCUCCCCCGCGGCACCCUCCGCGACCUCCUUGGCCAUGGUCUGCAGGGCGCCGGCGUCCUCGCCGACCCCGUCGAGGGCGAAGACGGUCUCGAGGGUGACCUUACUCCGGAGUGGGUGGUCAAGUACACUGCGUUUGUCAAAGACCGGGGCGUCAUCGAGAAUAAGGGCUACUUUGCUGGCGCGGAGCUGCUACUACUCCCUCAGCAGAGCCUCGGCAAGUCGCUUCCCCCUCUCGCCGCCAAGGUAAAUGUCGUCGUCAACACUCUCCAGCCCCAUCUCGACCGCCUCCUUGUACCCCCUGACAACCAUGUCCUCCUCGACCCUCAGCCCGUUCUCCACCAGUGCCAGGAUGACGCUGCGUAUCCGCGCGAUCUCGCGCAUCGUCUCGUUGUCGAUCCGGUCGUUCUGGCUCGAGUAGACGUUGGCGCUGACGCUCUCCUCCAUGCGGUUGAGCCCCACGCUCUCGGGCACGUCGCUCUCGACGUGCUUGCUGAUCCAGAUGAAGCCGUUGACGCCCAGCGUGACGUGCACCUUACUCGCGCCCCGCGCCGCAUCCAUGACCCACUGCUGCCUCUUGGCCCGCACGACGCCGCCGCCGCCGCCGGUGCCCGUGACGGCGACGAAGACGCCGUUGCGCAGCUUGCCGUACUUGAGGGAGCGCGUGUGCAGGCUGGCGGCGCCGUCCUGGUGCAGCUGCUGGACCUCGGCCACCACCAGGUCGCCCUCCGCGAAGAAGGACCGGAUCUGCAACUCGUCCGUGUCGGUGCGCUUGCGGAGGAUGCCGCCGGGGAGGUUGAUGGCGGAAAUCUGGAGGAUGGCGAGCUGCGAGGAGCCGACGUCGACGCGCCAGCGCUUCGCCUGGACCUCGACGAUGCGGCCGACGACCAGGUCGCCGAUCUCGGGGGUGUAGCGGGCGCGGAGGGGGCGGACGGAGAGGAGCUUGUUGGUGCGGGUUACGGUGCCGGCGACGGAGGAGACGAUUUCUGUCGUCGUGGGGGUAAUAGCACAUGCAUGGGAGGAGAAAUGGCGAAAGUAGAAGGGGGGUCGGUCGAGAGGAGGGCGGACGAACCUCAUCCACUGGGGGUCGUCAGUGAUGAUCUCACCCGGUGUGACGAUCUCGUAGUUGUCGCCGCGGGCGCGCUUCGCCGGGCGCAUGGGGAUAUCUCCCUCGAUAUCGGCGCCGCCAUCAGAAUCCGAAUCCGAGUCGGCGGCAGCGGUAAAGCGUGCGGGCUUGUGGUGUGA